UUCUUUGAAUUCUUCUGGUUGAAGGUUAUAUACAAUAGGGAAACCGACCAGAGUCGUGGGUUUGGAUUUGUGACGAUGAGUACCGUGGAAGAAGCUGAGACAGCUGUUGAGAAGUUCAACCGUUAUGAUCUGAAUGGACGUCUUCUGACAGUCAACAAGGCAGCUCCAAGAGGAUCACGUCCAGAACGCCCACCUCGGGUAUAUGAACCCGCAUUCAGAGUCUAUGUAGGGAACCUCCCAUGGGAUGUGGACAAUGGUCGUCUAGAACAGGUUUUCAGUGAGCAUGGUAAAGUUGUGGAAGCUAGGGUGGUUUAUGACCGUGAGACAGGUCGUUCACGUGGAUUUGGGUUUGUCACAAUGUCUAACGAGACUGAACUUAACGACGCCAUCGCUGCUCUUGAUGGACAGAACAUGGAGGGUAGAGCAAUCAGAGUGAAUGUAGCGGAAGAGCGUCCAAGGCGUGGAUUUUAAAAAGCUGAGAUUAUCUGUGCCCUCUCUCUCCCUCUCUUGCAUUUUGUUUAGAUGAGAUUCUUACACUCUUCAACGAUUGUUUUUGGCUGAACUCUAAAUGCGAAAGUUAAGCUUCUUCUAAAGUAAUAUGUAUUUCUCUUUGAUGAUCUAUCAUUUAUAGUUUAAUUUC